AUGAGGCCGGUCGUACUCCUACUGUUGCUGCACGCAUGUCUACUAUCUUCGCAUCGCCUCGCCGCGGCGCGCAUCUCGCCUCUCGCCGAAGCGGACGGCGCCGCAAGUAGCAGCAGCCGUCGCGAGCUGCAAGCGUCGUGCCCCGCGGGCGUGGUGUGUCCGGCUGGCGCGUCGUGCGUGGUGGACGGCAGCGGCUUCCCUUUCUGCAAGUGCGCGGCGGGGCAGGCCAUCAUCAACGGCGUGUGCGCGCCGGCCGCCAGCUGGGCCACCGUCGGCACCAACGUGGUGCUCUACAACCGCGCGUCGUACACCAACUUCCCGAAAACACUCGCGCCAGCCGUGCUUCGCGGCGCGGCGCCGAACACGAGUGCGUGCGUGAACCUGCCGGCGGCGUUCAACGGGUCGGUGGGAUCGCUGCGCAUCAUGUGGAACGUGAACGACGGCGUGGCGAACCACCUGGUGUGCGGCAAACUGUUUUUCUGGGACAAACCCAACUGCUGCUGCUCCGGGUCGGGUUAUCAGAUCCCCGGCGGGUGGACGACCGUCGACCCCAACAAGUUCACCUACACCACCACCAGCGUCAAGUCGGCGAGCGGCAUUAUUCUGAAGGCGAGGUCCAUCUCGUGCCAGGCCGCCAUCGCCACCAACACGUACCCCUGCGCCACCAAGACCUGCCCCGUCAACGCCGCGUGCUCCGUGGUCAACGGUGCCGCCGUGUGCACGUGCAACGCUGGAUACAGCAUGGUCAACGGGCAAUGCGUUGCAACAACGUCCAACCCGUGCACAGGGUACAGCUGUCCCGCCAACUCAGCAUGCUCCAACGUCAAUGGCGUUGCCACGUGCACGUGCAAUACUGGUUACCAGAUGGUCAACGGCCAGUGCGUUGUGCCCAACCCGUGCACGGGGUACACCUGUCCCGCCAACUCAGCAUGCUCAAAUGUCAAUGGCGUCGCCACGUGCACGUGCAAUACCGGAUACCAGAUGGUCAACGGCCAGUGCGUUGUGCCCAACCCGUGCACAGGGUACAGCUGUCCCGCCAACUCAGCAUGCUCCAACGUCAAUGGUGUCGCCACGUGCACGUGCAAUACUGGUUACCAGAUGGUCAACGGCCAGUGCGUUGUGCCCAACCCGUGCACGGGGUACAGCUGUCCCGCCAACUCAGCAUGCUCCAAUGUCAAUGGCGUCGCCACGUGCACGUGCAAUACUGGUUACCAGAUGGUCAACGGCCAGUGCGUUGUGCCCAACCCAUGCACGGGGUACACCUGUCCCGCCAACUCAGCAUGCUCCAACGUUAAUGGCGUCGCCACGUGCACGUGCAAUACUGGUUACCAGAUGGUCAACGGCCAGUGCGUUGUGCCCAACCCGUGCACGGGAUACAGCUGUCCCGCCAACUCAGCAUGCACGAAUGUCAACGGCGUUGCCACGUGCACGUGCAGCACCGGCUACCAGAUGACCGCCGGCCAGUGCGUUGCAAUCACUGACGCGUGUCUGACUACCACGUGUCCCGCCAAGGCCACGUGCAGCAGCGUGAAUGGAGUGGCCACGUGUGUGUGCGCCGUGGGCUACACCAUGGUCUCCGGCGCCUGCCAGCCGGCCAGCCCAUGCUCGCUGGUGACGUGUCCGGCCAACUGCACGUGCUCCGCCGCCAAUGGCAUUGCCAAGUGCGCCUGCGCUGACCUGUGCUACGGGGUGAGGUGCCCCGACGUCUCCAAGUGCACCUACAUGCUCGGCGCGCCCGUCUGCACGUGCCCUCCACCCUACACGCGCCUCAUUGACAACAAGUGCUCCAACGCGACGCUGGCCUUUUCCAACUAUCUGGACAACCACAAUGCGGCGAGGGCAGCUGUGGGCGCCAUCCCCCUGGUGUGGAACGCCACCCUGGCAACGAGGGCGCAGGCGUGGGCGACAGCGCUGACGAACAGCACGUACAACUGCGGGCUGUCGCACGGCGGCAACAGCGGCGAGGGGCAGAACCUCUCAGGCGCCAGCCCUUCUGGGUGGGCGUCAGAUGCGGCGGCUGUGAGCUGGUGGGUGGGCGAGGGCGACCUCUACUCGUACGCCGUCUUCUCUGGCGGCUGCAGCACCGGCAACUGGGCCGACUGUGGCCACUACACCCAGGUCAUUUGGAACAACACGCGCACCGUGGGCUGUGCCAAGGCGUCGUGCGGCACCAAGUCGGACGUGUGGGCGUGCCACUACUACCCGCCCGGAAACUAUGGCGGCCAGCUGCCCUACGUGCAAGACCCGUGCUACCGGGUGGCAUGCCCAUCCACGGCCACAUGCACAGUGCGGUACGGGCAGCCCAUGUGUGUGUGUGGGGCGGGGCAGGUGCUCGUCAACAACGCCACGUGCCAGCCCGACCCGUGCGCCAGCGGCACCACCACGUGCCCCGGCAACCUCGUCUGUGACGGCUCCUCCGGCUCCGCCCAGUGCGCCUGCCCCACCGGCCUCGUGCCCAUCACCUCCGACACCUGCGUCCCGCCGGCGUGUGUGGGGGCGGUGUGCCCAGCACAGGCGACAUGUGCAGUGGACGGGAGUGGGUACCCGUUCUGCCAGUGCCCCACGGGGUGGUACCUGGGCAGCAACGUGUGUGUGCAGGGCACGCCCGCAGCUGUGGCAGCCACGAGCCUGGCCAUCUACAACACGGCGUCCUACACCAGCACGGCCCCCGCGCUGGGCCCCACGCUCGUGCGCACAGGGCUGCCCGCCAACUCGUCACGCGGCAGCUGUGUGGACAUCCCCGGCGGCAUUGCGGCGGCGUCGCUGCGCGUGCUGUGGAACGUGCCGGACAGCACGGGGGCGCCCAAGCAGUCGUGCGGGCUGCUGUGGUUCUGGACCAGCGCCUCCUGCUACGGCUCCGCCACCGGCUACUACCGCCCCGCCGGCGAUGUCACCAACUUCGCGUCAGUGCCCCGCCCCCCGCCCCUGCCCCGCCUGUGCUUCCUUUCUCUCAAUACUUGCAGCAUGCUGUCGUUCUCCUGUGGUGCCUUUCUCACACUCAUCGCUCUCUGCUGUGCUGUUUCCCCUCUCUGUGCAUGCAGCACCACGUCGGGCAAUGUGGCCCUCGUCAAGGCCGUUGCCUGCGCCAUCUGA